AUGACGAAGUGGACGAUUUCACUCAUGGUUGCUUUCUGUGUUCAAACUAUACAUGGAUCUGAUUCUCUGAUGAAUGUUCAUCUUCAAAAUUGGACGAAUCCAUGUCAAUCCAAUCCAUGUCGAGCUGGAAAAUGUGAACUCAUUUCCAAAUCGGAAUUCACUUGUCAUUGUAGUUCUUAUGUUCACGGUCGAUUUUGUGAGAAAUUGAAUUAUGCUCAACAAGCCUGUGAAAGUAAUCCAUGCUAUAAUCGAGGUCUAUGUUCGCCAGUUCUUGCGAAAGAAUCUCCAACAAAUAGCACUUUCAUGUGUUUAUGUCCACCCGAAUACGCUGGAGUGUCUUGCGAAGAAAAUCUCGGCGAAUGUGCUUGUCAGAAUAAUGGAACUUGUUAUAAUACGUCGAAUAAUGGUUACAAAUGUUCGUGUCCGCCGAUGUUCAACGGUUCAUUUUGUGAAUAUGAUUAUCGAAAUGACACAUUUUGUAGUUUAUCACCAUGCAAAAACAACGGCACGUGUAUAUUAAUCGAACCUCCGGCUGGAAUUUGUUUAUGUCAACCGGGAUAUGUUGGAGAUUUGUGCGAAAAGCGUGUUCCGUUCUGUGAAGAAAAUCCAUGUCGAAAUAACGGUACAUGUGUGCCAUUAGAUGGUGUUGAUGGGCAAUGCCUUUGUGCACCUGGUUAUUCAGGUCGGCUGUGCGAGCAUACACAAAAGACGUUUUGUUCACUUGAACUUUGCCGAAAUGGUUCAACAUGCGUUGUAUUGAAUCAAACAGGUGAUGGAUUUUGUUUAUGUCCACCUGAUUAUGCUGGACCGUACUGUGAAUACAUAACACCUGCAGCAUGCAAGAAAUAUUGUCAUACAAAUCAAGGCAAGUGUGCAUUAAUUGAUAACAAAUACGGACGAUGCGUAUGUCCAAAAGAUGUAACAGGAGUUUAUUGUGAUAUUCCAUUACAUCCGUGUGCAUCGAAUCCUUGUCAAAACAAUGGAAUAUGUGUUCAUGAAGUCGUCAGUCAAACUUAUAAAUGUCUCUGCACAUAUGGCUACUCAGGUAUUGAGUGUUCUGAAAAUUUACAUCAAUCAUUUUGUUCAUCGAAUCCUUGUAUGAACAAUGGAACAUGUCUUCAAUCGCCGACAACCGCCGAUGGACUCUGUCGAUGUGAAGAAGGGUUCUCUGGUAAAUUUUGUCAAGAAGUUAUCAAGUGUGGCGAAGAGCAAUGUCAAUAUCCGGAAGAAAUCUGUCUAGCAGACAGUUGUGUGAAUGUCACAGGCGAACUCUAUUGUUUAUUACACGAAUGUCAACACGGUGGCAAAUGCGAUCCAAUCAAGCGGCAAUGCCAAUGUGAGAAGGGUUUUGCUGGUAUAAACUGUGAAUUGAAUAGUUUAAUUUGUGAUGAUAAGAACAAUAUUUGUCAAAACAAUGGAACAUGUCUAACGAUCGAGAAUCGUUGUGCUUGUAUGAAUAGUUUUUCAGGUGCAUAUUGCGAAAUUUUAAUAGAAUAA